AUACAGAUGAAUCCAACACUUUUGCAUUUCAUCAUAAGAUUGAACAGGGCUGCUUGGGGGUACGAGAUAAUGUGCUAUACAUGUCCUCGUCCUGCACGGAUGACUCCCAGCUUUGGAAAUGGGUCACCAGAGGGCGUCUCUUCAACAUUGGCUCCUCUCUGUGCCUUGGAAUGACCGUCGGCAACACAAGCUCAUUGGGCAACAAGUCUCCGCUGAGCGUGUUUCGGUGUGACUAUGAGCCACCGAGGGUCCGCUGGACUUGGACCUGCAACAAGUUCCUGGGGACGCUUGAAAGUUACUUGCCUGCACCUAAAUUGAUCCUCAACGGUGGCAACAUCUCUUCCAUCGGGCAAUAUCAAAUACCAGUGUGGCGAGUCUAUGGGGACAAUGAGGACCUUUGUGCAAGGCCCUACCGAGAAAUCUACACCAUCCAAGGAAACUCCCGCGGCAGCCCAUGCUAUUUUCCCUUCCUGUACGAUGGCCAGUGGUUUCACAGCUGCACAAGUGUGGGGCGGGAAGAUGGCUUCCAGUGGUGUGCCACUACCCACGAUUACGGAAAAGAUCAACGCUGGGGCUUUUGUCCAGUAAAGAGUACUGACUGUGAGACAUUUUGGGACAUAAACCCUUUGAUGGAUAAUUGUUACCAGUUUAACUUUCAAGCCACACUGUCAUGGAGUGAAGCGCGGACCAGCUGUCAUCAGCAGGGAGCAGACCUGCUAAGCAUCACUAAAGUAGAGGAACAAAUCUAUAUCAAUGGUUUGCUAACUGGGUACAGUUCAACCCUGUGGACGGGUUUGAAUGAUCUAGACCUCAAUGGUGGCUGGCAGUGGGCUGACACCGCCCCACUGAAAUACCUAAACUGGGAAACAGACAUGCCAAGCUAUGAUGAGGAAGAGAACUGUGGGGUGAUCAGUACCGAUACACAGGGUCGCUGGUCCAACCGAGAUUGUUCAGGGGCUCUGCCCUACAUCUGCAAGAAACGACCCAACGCGACUCUGGACCCUUUCACUACAGACUCUUGGGCAGACGAUGGGCGGUACCAGUGUGAUGUGGGCUGGCAGAACUUCCAGGCCGGUUGCUAUUGGCUGAACAAAGAUACCCUGGAAUGGAACUCCGCCCACAAAACAUGUCAAAAGAUGGAGGCUAACCUUGUCAGCAUCCACACGCUACCCGAGCUUGAAUUUAUUACAAAGCAUAUGAAGAAAGAUACAGACGAGUUGUGGAUUGGUCUGCAUGACACAGCUAUGCAGAUGAACUUUGAAUGGACAGAUCGCACUCCGGUCAUCUUUACCUACUGGCAUCCGUUUGAACCCAACAAUUUCCGAAACGUCAAUGAAGACUGUGUCACCAUCUGGGGUCCUGAGGGGCGCUGGAAUGAUAGCCCAUGUAAUUACUCUUUGCCUUCGAUCUGUAAGAAAAAUGCUCAGAAAACCGAUGAACACGUACAGGAUCACGGCUGUAAACGGGGUUGGAGGUGGCACAGUCCGUCCUGUUUCAAGGUUGGGGAAGAAUCAUUACCUUUUAACGAUGCUAAAGAAAUGUGCAAUAACAACAAUGCCACACUCGUCAUUAUUAAUAACAGAUUUGAGCAGGCCUUUGUGAGUAGUCUGGUGUUAGGACGCUCUGAUGACCGAUUCUGGCUGGGCCUGCACAAUGAGAACAGUACCGGACCUUUCCACUGGAUCACGGGAGAGGAGCUCACUUACACCAACUGGAACAGAGAUGAGCCAGCGCAGAUAAAGGAUGGCUGUGUGGUGAUGGUGGCCGGUCAGGCUAUGGGCCUGUGGGAAGUAAAGGAUUGUGCCAACAUCCGCUCCAAAUACAUCUGCAAACAGAACCAGGACUCAUCUUUAAACCCCAGCCCCCCUGUUCCUCAGCCCACACCCUCACUGACCGGAUCGUGCCCAUCUGGAUGGAAGAGCACCAACGCUUUCCGCCAUUGCUACAAGGUCUUUCACGCAGGUGCUUUGGAGAAAAGGUUGACUUGGAUUCAAGCUCACAAGUUCUGCCAGAAACAUGGAGCUCAGCUCACCAGCUUUAGCACACCGGAAGAGGAGACCUUUGUCUUUCAGAUUCUCCAUGAGGCUUUUGGGGAGGCGGAGGAUCAUGAGCAGCACUGGAUAUGGAUCGGAAUUUCCCGUCGGAAUAGCGACAGCUGGACAUGGAGUGAUGGAUCACCUGUGACCUAUCAGAACUUUGGCAGGGGGAAUUAUGGGCCUGCCGAAUGUGGAGCAGCCAACAUGGCCGAUACCAACUGGCUGGUGUCAAAUUGCGAAUCUGAGCUUGACUGGAUCUGCAAGAUACCAAAAGGAAAGGUAGAAGAGGAACCUGAAACUGAUGAAGGCACUGGUUCAGAGUGGGUCGAGUUUGAGGAAGCUCAGUAUCAACUCUCUAAACAUCGUUCAACGUGGCACCAGGCUGAUAGGAUCUGCUCCUGGAAUGGUGGCUCUUUGGUCUCCAUGCACUCUUUUGGGGAGAAUCAAUUUUUGGUUGAAACUCUCCGCAAGAUGUCCCGUAAAGACGAUGACCUGUGGUGGGUGGGGCUGCAUACUUUCAAGAACGAUGGACGAUUUAGGUGGUCUGAUCACUCUGUGCUCAACUAUGUGUCCUGGGGGCUAGGACAGCCUCAACCAAUCAGUAAAGAGCACAAAUGUGUCCAAAUCUCUGCUUCGAAAGGCGAGUGGUCAGAUCAGAAGUGUCAUGUUGAUCUUCCGUUCGUGUGUAAGAGGGUAAAUGUGACGGGUACAAUCCCUCCCAAACCCUAUCCUCCCCCUAGACCCGCCGGCUGUCCUCAGGGCUGGACCCCUUUCCUACGCAAGUGUUAUAAAGUGUUUGGGGAGGAGCUGUCGAGUCGUAGCACCUGGGACUCCGCCUCUAAGACCUGCCUGGCACACAGAGCCACGUUAGUGACAGUGCCGAAUCAUAUAGUGCAGGCUUUCCUAGUAACUCUGCUACCCAACAGCAGUUUUCACCUAUGGGUGGGGCUUACCUCAGAAUCACAGGCUCAGUUUAGGUGGUUUGAACCUGGGUUACUCAGCUACACUAACUGGGCACCUGGAGAACCGGUGGACAACAAACAAAACAAAAGCCCGGGAAACUGUGUGCUGCUCCUCAAUGGCAGUCCUCACCGGAUGUUGGGCACGUGGGCAUCUCGCAAGUGUGAUGCAGAAAAACACGGCUUCAUCUGCAUGAAGGACAAAGACCCUGGCUUGCCUCCUGGAAAGGACGCGCUUCCCCCAGUAUUAAACGGUUCUUUACAGUUUAACGGCGUCCAGUACAAGGUCUUGCAGAAGCCUCUUGACUGGCAUGCCGCUUUGCAGGUGUGUGAAACUUUCAAUGGGACACUGGCUUCAGUUCGGGACCCUCGCCAACACGCCUACCUCACUCUCCUCCCCUCACCCGCCUGGAUUGCAUUGCACAACGAAGGGGGGCGGAGCUACACAUGGUUGGGUGAAGAGGAAAUUACUUUUAGCGACUGGAGUGACAGAGAGCCCAAUAGUAUGUACGGAUGUGGUCACACGACUGUUAAGGGCCAGUGGAGCGUUGCUGCUUGUAAUAAAGUACUGAAUGCAGCCAUUUGUGAAAUUAACACUGAGAGAAAAGCAGAACACAAGUGGAUGUAUCCAGGUUUUUGCCCACAGCCUGUAGGUAACUGGUCCUGGAUUCCUUUCAGAAAUCACUGCUACUCGUUCAUUCUCCACGAGCUGCAGUUAAAACAUGAGGCCAUGCGCACCUGCAGCAAAGUGGGAGCUAAGAUGUUGUCCAUAUUAGAUGAAAACGAAAACAGUUUUGUGUGGGAACACAUGCAGAGUUUUCAAGAACAUGCCCGGAGUGCUUGGCUUGGAAUGAUCUUUAACUCCAAAGAAGGGAGUCUGGAGUGGUCAGACAGUACAGCGGUGGAUUACAAAAACUGGGAGCAGCAAGAUGCUAAUCUGAGCAUGCUGUCCGCCAACAGCUGCUUCUGGGUCCAGAGCAGCACAGGUCUCUGGAAACCCGGGUCCUGCAGAAACCGCACACAUGGUGUCAUAUGUAAACGGCAAAGAGUAGGACCCACAGAAGAACCUGAGGUUGAUUCAGGUGUCAACCGUCUCCACAUAUUAAUUCAGGUUCUGGUUGCAGCACUUGUUCUGAUUGCUUUGGUGGUGGGUGGGAUUUAUCUGUAUCGUAGGCGAAGCUUUGGCUCCACAGGUUCCUAUGAGGGCGCACGGUACAGUCGCACCAACUCCGCCCCCUCAGAAGAAACCGAAAAAAACAUUCUUGUUUCAGACAUGGAGUUGAACGAACAAGGAGAAUAAUGCCAGAUGAGUUCAAACUGAUGUGGAAUAUCUAGGAAAAUCUGCUAAGGCAGCAACUGACUGAGAAAAUUAAUGUUUGAGGAAAAAAAGUUUUGUGUUUUUUUAUCGAAGACAAUAAGGGAGCUGUGUAGAGCACAGCUUAUGAGGCAAAACCUUUUUAUCCAAGGGAAGAUCUAUUCGAUACUUACAGACCACACCCCAUCUAAGCCUUUCAACUUUUCAUCUCAGAGGAGCGGUGUGGAUUUGGUGUGUGGAAGAUGCAGUUAUUUUUUGUUUUGCUUUUGUUUAUAUUUGGUUUUUACCUGAAAAUGCAGUUUGUAAUAAUAUUUUUCCACAUCCCACAGUUAUCCUUUAGUGCCAAAGGGAACAAACACCCCCACAAAAUACUAUAUUCACGGGAACAUCCAAAUUAUGACAAGCGCACAUAAACAGAUGUUUACUUAGCUAGAUGAGGACAUACAGUGCCAUAAAUAUAAUAUCUAUAGAUUUAAACUAUAUGAUUUGUAUAAAAAAUGUUGACAUUUUUAAAAGGCGAACCCAUAAAGAGAUGUUUUUCAGAUUCAGCUACAUUUUGGCUGAAUACAGUAUUUUAAACAUCUAUAGCAAAUAUACACACCUUAAAUGCAUAGUUGGGACCAACAAGGUAACACCACAACAGUAUUGACUGUGUCUUUGAAGUUAUUUGUUUUUUAGUUUUUGUUUGUUUGUUUGUUUGUUUUAAUUGUGUGCAGCUAAAUUUGAUGUUCAGUGUGUCCAGCCCUCGCAAAACUGUCUGCAAAUCAUAAUCAUAGUUAUUACAUAUCAAAUUAUACUACUUUUGUGGUGCAGAAUAGGGAGAAAAAAUAAAAAAGUGGACAGAAAUAGAUGAAAGUGCAUAAGAAUGAGCCUGCCAUACAACUAGUAUCUCUUUGUCUUUCUCUCUCUAUAUAUCUAUCUAUUCAUCUCUUUCUUUUGACUGUUUUCUGAGCAGACUGUUCCAUAACUUCAUUCUUUCAGUCUUUAUACUGUGCAACUGUUCCUUUUCUUUAACUUGGCCAGACCUCGAUGUGACACAGUGCUGUGGCCAGCUGUGGAAUGUCGAGUCAGCGAGUGGAAGAGGUCUGGAACCAAUCAGAACAAAGAGAGAGAGAGAGAGAGAGAGAGAGAGAGCAUGGGUGAUGGUUUAAAUGGGUUUUAACAGGGCUGAGGGAGGAGAAAAUCAUGAAGAGACAGUAAAAGGUGGAGCUGUAAAGGGAAUUUAGGUAAGCAGGAGUUGCUGGAGACUGAAAGAGAAAAUGCUUUGCUGCACCCUGCAGGAUAUUUGCACAAAAUGUGUCUAGGUGAAUAUUAGUGCUGUGUGUUUGCCAAAGGAAUGAAGUCAAGACAUUACAAAUGUGUGGAAUGUCACAUGUUGGGUAGCAGUGGUUUAGUAAAACAUUUUCCCACAUGUUUCAACAAAGACGUUUUUUUUACGUUACCAAUACAUUUGCAAUCAUUUGUACAUUUUUGAGUGAUGCUUGCCGGUACAUAACUCAGUGUUAGGGUGUUGUUGUGUGCUUGAUAGGGUGUCUGUGUGGUUGCGUACCAGCCCAGGCACCAUUGCUUUCAUUUAUCUAUGCUGAUGUUACUUAUAUCAUUUUUUUAGUAGAGAGUCAUUGUCUUGAGAGUAGAUGUGCCACCAAUGUAGCACUUAAAGGCUGUGUUCUUCACGCUUUAAAUGUUUUGCUUAUUGAUGAAACAUGUUAUUUGCAAACAUACAGUACAUGACCUGCGAUUACGGUAUGACAUCAGACUGAGAUCUGUAUAUAAAUUAACCCACAGAAUAUUAUACAACUUGACUUUUGAAUGUUCAAGGAAUAUGAUGUCACUCAUGGCUAGCGUGAUAUUGCACAUGGCAAUGUGAUUCUGCAAUUAUAAAUCACAUGGAUUUUUUGUUGUUUGGUUCAGAUUGAUAAGGCCCUGAACGGAAACUUGAGUUAGCCUAUAUGACUGGAAGAAGGAAAUUAAUUUUCAGUCCCUGUGAAGACAAUUAAAAGACAAUUCAUUUUUUUUAUUUUUUGUUUGUUUUGAAUAUUUUGUUUCAUGAAUUUACAAAAAAAAAUGAAUAAAGAUUAUGUUUGCUAUGUGA